CUUAUUAGAGCAAAGGCUAGGUAUAUUUCGAUAUAUUUAGAUUAUUUGUUAUUUCAAUGUUUGAGAAAAUGGGAAUUUGAUGAUUUACAUUGCAAAAGUCAGCAUAAAGCGUAUUUUGAUUGUACAGCAUCUGCAGCCUUGACUCUUCAACAAUUUAAAAUGGCUGCUCGAGACGGAACCUUGGGUGAAUCGAAAAUGCAUGAAAGUGGCGCUUCUGUGGCGCAGAUAAAUCGAUUAAUGACACUAUUCCCGCAACCUGGACUUGGAAAACGCCCUUAUCGAAAAAUGAAGCGCUUACCAGACCAAUCAUAUGCUGAUGACAUAUUUCAUCGGCAAAAUAAAGAGGGAAAGAGAAGCUAG